GAACAACAGUACGAGACGCCUUUGCUGCAUUCGAAAACGUUGCUGCUCGAAACACCAGAGCUGCGCUUCCUAAAGCGGAUUAAACAGGCUCAGCACAGGGCCGGCGGCAGGCCUCGGCGGCGGGACCGGCCACCCCCGCCGUCCCGUGGGCGGGGGCCUGGCGUCGCGUCCGUAGUGCGUCGGUAGCGGGCGCCGGUGUCGCUCGGCUCGGCUCGGCUCGGCUCGGCUCGGCUCGGCUCGGCUCAUCGCGCCGCCAUGGGGCUCUUGCUGUGGCUGGCCGUACAGCUGGGCGCCAGCUCCGCGACGUACGUGGUGUCCGUGGAUGUCCGGCGAGCCGAGCGGCCCCUGCAACACUUUUGGAGGAGCACUGGCUUCUGCCCUCCUCUACCUCACAGCCGUGCUGACCUGUUUGACCUGAGCAAAGACCAAGAGAUGAACCUUGCCUAUAUUUCUUCUGUUCCGCAUGGUGGCAUUGAACAAGUUCGAAUUCACUGGUUACUGGAAUUAGUUGCUCUCAGAGUGGUGAAUGGGAAACUUCACUACAAUUUUACUGCCUUGGAUAGCCUUAUGGAUCGCUUGUGGGAAAACAAGCUAAUUCCAGGAUUUGAAUUGAUGGGGAAUCCAUCAGGAUACUUUUUAGAUUUUGAAGAUAAAGAACAGGUAGUAAGAUGGAGAAACUUAAUUACACUUCUGGCCAGCAGAUACAUAGCUAUCUCAAAAAGUUCUGUGUAUUGUGAUCAAUUUCAAGACCUUGGAUUUCAGCACAGGACAGGAGAAAAACCAUGCCAGAACAGACAGUGGGAUAGGUAUGGAUUGGACCAUGUUGCUAAGUGGAAUUUUGAAACAUGGAACGAACCAGACCACCAUGACUUUGACAAUGUGUCUGUGACAGUGAAAGGGUUUCUCAACUAUUAUGAUGCUUGUUCAGAAGGAUUAAGAGCAGCUAGUCCUGUACUAAAAUUUGGAGGGCCUGGGGAUUCCUUCCACCCCUUACCCAAGUCACUCAUAUGCUGGAGUCUUCUCUAUCAUUGCUACAAUGGAACCAACUUCUUCACAGGGGAGACUGGUGUAAGGCUGGACUACAUCUCUCUCCAUAAGAAGGGAGGUGGGAGUUCUCUCUACAUCUUGCAACAAGAAGUAGAAGCAGUUGAACAAAUUCAGAAGCUGUUUCCAAAUUUUUCUUCUGUUGCCAUAUACAAUGAUGAAGCAGAUCCAAUGGUUGGAUGGUCCAUUCCACAACUAUGGCGAGCUGAUGUGACCUAUGCAGCUAUGGUUGUAAAGGUAAUCAUCCAGCAUCAAAACCUGCUGAUUUCCAAAGCCAACAACACCAUCAACUACACACUGCUAAGUAAUGACAAUGCCUUCUUGAGCUACUACCCCCAUUACUUCACACAGCGGACUCUGACAGCACGUUUUCAGAUGAACAACACAAAGCCACCUCAUGUCCAAAUGGUGCGGAAACCAGUGCUGACUGUCAUGGGCCUGCUGGCACUGCUAGGAGAAAAGCAGAUUUUUGCAGAAGUGAACAGCAGUGAAGGUGAAAGCACUCAAAGCAGCACAAUUGGUGUCCUGGCAUCUGUGCACACCCCAAGUGAGGUGCAACCUUCAGACAGUUGGCAAGCUACUCUACUGAUGUAUUCAAGUGAGGAUAACAGGACUUCAUCCAACAUCAGCACUGUUACAGUGAAUGCCACCCACUUCCCCAAACUUAGAGAGCUGGUGUAUAUGACAUAUUACCUGGAUAACAACCAAACCAAUCCCUACCUGAAGUGGAAAAAGCUAGGAAGCCCUGACUUUCCUUCCCCAGAACAGUUCCAGCAAAUAAGGGAUGCUGAGGACCCGGUGGCAGCAGGACCAUUCCCAUUUCCUGAAGGUGGCAUCCUGACACUGAAGCAAGACUAUCCUGUUCCCUCAGUCUUCCUUAUCCACAUCUGUGCAAGACCCAGAUCUGUUCCAGAUCAAGUGACCGGUGUUCGUUUGAUCCCUCUCACAAAGGGGCAGGUCAUUGUGUUGUGGGACGAUGGCUGUGUAAAUUCAAAAUGUAUAAAGACAUUUGAAGUGGAGUUUUCACCAGAUGGAAAAGCAUACCAGCGGAUUAAUGCCAAAGACACAAUAUUCACUCUCUGGGUCUACAGUCCAGGAAGCUCAGUCUCCGGCUUUUAUAGAGUGCGUGCCAUUGACUACUGGGGGAAGGCAGGCCUGUCCUCUCUUCCUGUGGAGUAUGUUGAAGCUUUCAAGUGACUUUGCAGAGCAGUGCCUGGCUUGGUGACUGAGUGAUGUAUGCUCCCUGCAAAUGACAACUCCCCAGAAAAAUAAACUCCUCCCAAGAUGAGGAGGGAGUAUCAGAAGGACCUGAUGAAGCGGUUUAGGAAUGUAAGUUAAAAGCUACUUCCCCUAUUAACUCUUCAGAGCUCAGAAGACAGUAUUACCAAACAGCCACAACUGACAACUCAACUGGUACUAUUGAAGACGCUGCCAUAGAACUGGGAUUCAGCUUGGUAACUAGGAAUUAUGGAAAUAAAUAUCUAUUAUUCUCUA